GUGUCUUACGGUUGAAACCGACGUGUGGUUACAAGCUGCACGCACCGAUGUUCAGCUGAUUGACGGCACCGCGGCAAGUUUGGGUCAGCUCAGGAGGGACCUGACUGCGCGGCCGCAGCAAAUGAACAAUCAUCAGCCAGGGCAGCUUCAGUAGCGGCACCGAGGCCCAAAUGGCUGAGAAAACCCAAGCAACCACACGCUGCUUGUUUUGUUUUUGGAAGACUCCCUACCGACUCUGUAAGGCUCAAAGUCUGGGCAGCCGCGUCGCCAGCAGCGUCGACAUGGACAAGUGUCUAGCGUGGAUCGCCACUUUCCUCUGCCUACUGCUUCUCGUCGAGGCCAUGGCGGAGGCGUCUCCUUACAGCGUCGCCGGUGAGGAGACCGUCGGAAGCGGCGCUUCCGCCGAGGCGGACCCCUACGAAUUCUGCCGAGCUCACUUCGGCGCGGACUUCGCUCUGAACCGCGAAGUCCGUCGCGCAGCCAAUUCGGUCGAGAAACAGCCUCACGAGCCAAGGGAUGACCUUGACGACUACAACGACAACCUGGCCCGUCUCUUAUUCUUCACACGAAAGAGGAGCUGCAUUCGUCGUGGGGGCAGUUGCGACCACCGCCCGAACGAUUGCUGCUACAACUCAUCGUGCCGAUGCAACCUGUGGGGUACCAACUGCCGGUGCCAGAGGAUGGGCCUGUUCCAGAAAUGGGGCAAGAAGUGAGGCGCCCCCUAGGGGGCACCGUUGACAGCCUGCGACCACCGUACAUAGGACGACGGACGGCUUUCGAAAACAUGUGAAAGAGCAGAAAUGAAGGAGGCAGAAGAAGAGAGAGAAAAAAAAAGAAGAAAAACACAGCCACCGCUUCUCUGUCUCUGUGGUACAUCGUAGUUCCUCAGCCGUAGUUGUUUCGUAUCGUUGUUUUUCUUUACUACGCGACUAGAAGCAAGCCCCUAGUGUUCUUAGACAUAGAGGGCACCACGGGCUGUGUGAGAUACGCGUCGUUCGCUGACGUUGCGUGGAUUGGAUGUUUGUGAACGCGAGGAGGAUCGCUGAAUCAAAUGGGUUUGGUUCUGUCGUUGACUUUCUAGUCUCUCGGUGUGACGCGUGUAGUUUAUCGACGCGCGCGAUGUUUUGCAUCCAGCUGACGUUCGAGCUUUUUGCAGUUCCUCUCCGUCAAGUAGGAAAAGAGCUAGCUACUCCCCCGACGUGUCAAAAUGAAGUUUGUAUCCCUGUCUAUAUACUUUUUUUUUUCUGGCUCCCCCAGUUGCGAGUGCUUGGGGAGACCCUAUGUAGUGAAAGGCUGUAGGCACGCGAGAGUUUGCCUUCUCAGUUUCUGAGCCAAAGAACAACAAGCGAAUUUGUGCGAUUGAGGCGCAUCGUAGAGAGCUCGCGUGGCAAGGGAAUCGAUGUUAUUGGCGCCAUAUAACCUAAACAAUUGAUGCGCCCGAACUCGCCAGUUCUAGUUUGACACACGAAUGCAUUUACCGUUUUCAUGCGUGAUUACGUGUAAUCAUGGCUGUGCUGUGCGUGCCAUUGUUGUAUUUCCCAACCCGAGCCGCAGCACGAGAGUUUGAGGAUGCGUGGCGCACAUCCAAAGCUUCCCAAUGGCAUCUAGAUGUUUUAACUAGCCGCGUUUUUUGCCUUUACUCUUUGAGGACAGCUACAGUAUUCGAGUGUAGCAGCAGGAUUAGCGAACAGGAACUCUUUCAUACCGGCCUUAAGAGAUCCUUGUGCGUUCAACGUAAUUUCAAACUGCUGAAAGCUAGGCUUAGUAACGUUUCGCGGUGCUCGAGCAGCCCGUUUUGAUAGCUGGCUGUUUUUGUGCAUUCGGCGUAACGGAGGGCAGCUACAGUACGCUCAUCCGACCCUUUGGGGCUUGCCGUGUUCUCAAACAGUAAUUGUCACCUGUCGUGCGUGCAUUUUCUUUAAUACUCUGCGCUCGCUACUUUUCUGUCAAGAACGCUGUGUCAUGCUGCGCUUGCAUGCCAUUCGUGACCUAAAGUACCAGCCGCACAGCGUUAAAGUAAAAGGAACGGUCCGCAAAAUAGACGGUGAUAAUUGUAUGGGACAAGUUAAGCCAAAAAGCUUGCCAACUGUUCGUAGAGUGUAGUCGUAUUGGAAUACGCUUACAAUGUGAACUGCCUUUACAAAAGCAGCAUGCAAUCCACCAUGAAAGUAUGUUGUCUAUUCAAAAAAGAAAAAAGGGGUGGGGGGGCAGGAAGGAAUCAACAGCAUCGGUUGUUCCAGGACGCUAUGGUGUCACAACCUACUAAUGAUAAUAACUGCAGAUUGUGAAUAGCAUCCUUCUCACAUUCUGUACACGGCAGAACGGUGGAACAAUCUUCGAGGUUAAGAGCUAGGCCUAACAGCAGCACCGGUUAGUCACAAAGUAUCCGAGCUACUUCUGAAACAAACAAAAAAAAGAAUCUGCCGGCCCCUUUGAACUAGGUGUCCUGUUCUUGUUACCAUAGCGAAUAGAGAUGAAACAAACGUAAUAACACGCAAGAAGCACGAGCGUUCGUAGCUUAUUCAUCAGAAAACAGAAACAUGCAUAACCUGGCUCAAGGUUAUGAACCGCGCUUCUUUAUGACCGCUGUCCUCGGAAAUGUCGAUUACGUAACGAACUGCAUAUACUGAACUCCUUAGGUUCAAAGGUGGCCGGUGGCUCGUCAACACGUCGAGUUAAAUGAAUUGGGCCCGCAAAUUAAGAAACGGUGCGAGCUAAUGAUGACAUCUUAAGGCACACGGCAAUGUGCGAUUGCUGCGAAAUAUCUACGAACGGAAAUACGAAAAUAUCUACGAACUUCGAUUCAAGCUGUCGGCAAGCUGGGCACAUUAGCUUGCUCAAAUCAGGCCAGCCACGCAUACUGUUAUCGCAAGCAUGAGAAAAAACAUAACAAAAAAAAACGAUGUUUUCAUUCCAAGCCGCAAAAAAAAAAGUUGAUGUAUUGUUAUGAAUGUACAUACUUGUAAGAAAGGUCUCCGAGUCUUCGUAUGUAAAUUGCAUUUGCGAUCACUGUUUGCCUUGUGUGUGUAUGUAAAAUAGCUAUGCUAGUGGUUGUUCUUAUUUUUCUUUUUUGGUAGCACUGCGUCUUGUUUCCUUCGGUUCAUUUAUUCCGGCAGAUUUCUGUAGAGCGUAGGUCCGCCUCCUUAAUUAAUUAUGUAGAUGUCUCGCCAACCGUUCCUUUAUUGAAGACUGUGUUCAUUUGGGCUAAUGAGCUCGUCCAUUGGAGGCUUUUUGUUUUGUUAAAAUAAAACAGACAAUAGAAAGCGUUGCUGUAAGAUUUUUUUUCGUCUGUUUUCCCAUAUACGUUGUAAGUGUAAACCAAGCUGAUUGCUUGAACUGAACUCCGGACUCCCAAUUGAUUUUGUAAGCAGUGUGUGUAAAACGAGACAAAUUCUUGUCCAAGGCCUUCUGAUUGCAUGUUUGGAAGGACAGGCAAGUUAGCUUUCAAGACGAGAGUUUGUUCAGGCCUUGAAGGCCUGCAUGUGCUGCUGCUUAACACCGCCUCGCCGACACGGCUAGGCUACCGCGAGGCUGUGUGUGGCUUUUUUGUAUUCAUUGUUACGAGCUGUGACGUCGACUCGCACAGAUGCAGUCGAUUGUGUGUUGUUUCUUGCAUGCUGGUUUGUUUGCGAAAAAAACGCAAAAUGUUCGUCAAAAUCGUUUGUAACGUGAAAACAAACUCCGAAGGAGAACAAAAAAGCACUCAGAAAAAAAAUGCCUCGAAGUUGUUGGUGUGUUCAGCAACUCGCAUCUAUAGAGCAUCUAUAAGUGACGACUCGUUGUCCUCGAUGUGAGUCUGUGUGUUCUUUUUCCCGCAGGUCACUCAGUGUUGGGAACUGCAAAUCGAACUUUGUCAAAGUUUUCUGUUUGCUUACCGUUAUGCCUUGUAGAUAAUUGUAAUAAAACAUUCUUCGUGUCUGCAAGCAUAAACUUGAAA